CCUUCACAGCAUCGAUUCCAACACAGAGACACAAUCCGAAAAUGGGGCAGUCCAAGCCAGCUCUGGUGCUUCUCCUGCUCGCCGUCUCCACGGCGGCGACCGUCGGCAAGCCGCUGCUCACGAAGAUCACCAAGAGCGGCGCGUCCACUGCGCUCUACACCGCACCACUCAGCGCCGGCCGCCCUCUGGUCCUCGACCUCUCCGCGCCGGCCAUCACGACGCCGUGCAGCGGGCAGACGACGACCGUGACGCUCUCGGCCAACUCCACCGACGGCAGCAACCCGCUGUCCCCGGUCUCCUUCGCCGCCACCGCCACCUGCGCGGCGGCCCCCUCCGGCGCCGUCGGCGUGGCGGGGCUCGCGCGCUCCAGCGCCUCGUUCCCGGCCCAGGUGGCCAAAACACAGAAGGUGGCCAACUCGUUCGCGCUCUGCCUCCCGAGCGACGGCAGGACCGGGUUCACCGGCAACGGCAUGGGUGCGGCCAUCUUCGGCGGCGGCCCGUUCUUCCUCGCGCCCCCGGCGGACCGGCCGUCCAUCACGACGCUCCUCUCCGACGGCGUCCCGCUCCGGCAGCCCUUCGCCGGGAACCCCGGCUACUUCGUGUCGGCCACCAACGGCAUCGCCGUCGGCGGUGCGCGCGUGGCCGUGUCCGGCUCCGGCGCGCUCGUGGUCGGCCUCUCCACCACGAUCCCCUACGCGCAGCUCCGCGGCGACGUGUACCGCCCCUUCAUCUCGGCCUUCGACCGCGCCAUGGGCUCCAGCGCCAAGGUCGCGGCCGUGGCCCCGUUCGAGCUGUGCUACAACUCGUCCAAGCUGUUUCUGACGCGAUUCGGGUACCUGGUGCCGGACGUGGACGUGAUGCUGGAGGGCGGGACGAACUUCACGGUGGUGGGGGGAAACUCCAUGGCGCAGGUGAACAGCGGCACGGCGUGCUUCGCGUUCGUCCGGUCGGGAGGCAGCACGGGCGCGACGCCGGCGGUGGUGAUCGGAGGGUUCCAGAUGGAGAACAAGCUGGUGGUGCUCGACAACGACAAGAAGACGUUCAGCUUCACCCCGAACCUCCCUGGCAGGGGGCUCACCUGCAGCAACUUCAAUUUCACCAAGGCCGCCUAGUGAUCCAUCCACAUCGUUUGUUGCAUGCAUGCUGUGUGUGCCAGGGCUUUAUGUUGAAAAAAUAAAGGAAAUAAAAUUUACUACUAAAUCCAA